UUGCCGUUUAGCGCAUGUUCAUUCCUAGUGGAAAACCCGCCAACCCCGGACUUGUUCAUAGCCAGCAGUAUUACGCAAUCUCUCUCUCUCUCUCUCUCUCUCUCUCUCUCUUCUGAAAACUUCGCACACUCUGCUAAUAUAACAGUAACACACCAUUCAUUUCCUGAUUUUCCAAAAUAUAGGGAAGGGAACAUACACAACCAGAGGAUUUUCCCCAACUCCAUCACCAUGUUUCACUCUAAAUCAAGAUCUGGGUCUUCGGAUUUUGUGAAAAAGAAUCGAUAUUCGGUUAUCUCCAGGACCUUCUCUGCUACGAAGUUAUGCAGGGGUGACCCUCUGGUAUCGCAGAUUGAUAAAAAAGCCCUCAAGCCAGUGGAAAGGCCCUCCUUCAGGUUCUCUGAUUUGUCCGAGAGAAUUGGAAUUGGUAGAAACUCGACGAUGCAGCGACAAAUGGGUGAGCAGCUUGAGGGGGAGCUGAAGUUGACGACGAAUAAAUUGGUGGUGGCGGAGGAAGAAAGAGAGAAAGCAUUGAGAGAGCUAAGCGAUAUGAAACUUCUGGCUAGCGAGUCUAACAAGACGCUGAGUGAGGAGCUAUCCAAUUCGAGAAAGGAAUUGAAAAUGAGGGACAGGAACAUAGACUUGUUGAAAGUAGAACUCGAAAAGGCCAAAGAAUUUGAGGUGAAAUUGACGGAGAGAGAUGCGUCCUUUGGUAGGUUGAAGGAGGAAUUGAGCAAAGCGAAAGCCUCUGAGGCCCAAGCGAUGAGAUUGUUGUCCGAUAGCAAGAGGAGGAUUGAGGAACUCGAGGAUGAUUUCGAGAGAGGGAAAGUAUCGGAAACUAAGAUGUACGCUAGAUUGGUUUCGCAAACGAAAAAACUCGAGAAGACCAAGACUCAACUGGAGGAAUCCAAGCUCGAAGUUGCUCCUCUUCGUGAGAGGAUAGAGAAGAUGGAAGCUGGAGCUUGCAAUCAAGAAGAAGUAGAUUCGUUGAGAGAAUCGGUUGAAAGUCUAAGGUCCGAGCUUGAGUUAGCGAAAGAAAAUUUGGCGCGAGCCCAAGGGGGGGAGAAAGCUGCCUUGUUAAAGGCUAAGAAUUUGGUUGCAGAAAUGAACGUGCUAAAAAAUGAAACGAAUUUUGCUUUGGCGGCGGAAGAGAAGAGCAGAAAAGCCAUGGAUGAUCUAGCAUUAGCUUUGACAGAAGUUGCGACGGAAGCCAACCAGGCGAAGGAGAAACUUAACCGAACCGAAUUGGAGCUACAGCACGUAAAACAGGAGGCGGAAGAAUUGAGGGGAGUUGAGAAGGGCAUCGAGGAUAGGUAUAAGAAACUAUUGGAGGAAGAGAUUACAGAAAAAGAACGGUUCAAAAACACGGUUGAAAGGCUCAGAUUAGAGGCGGAGGAAUCGCUCUUGGCAUGGAAUGAUAAGGAAAUAGGGUUUGUUGAGUGCAUCAAAAGAGCUGAAGAAGAGAGGGAUCUUGCCCAGCAAGAGAAUGCUAGAUUGAUUGAGUCCUUAAAAUCGACUGGAAACACGACUAGGAUUUCCCGGGAGGAAAAUUGCAAGCUGAGAGACAUUCUUAAGCAGGCCUUGAAUGAAGCCAGCGUUGCGAAAGAAGCUGCAAGUAUUGCCAGGGAGGAAAAUUCCCAGCUCAAGGAUUCCAAUGCUGAAAAGGACGAGACUCUGGAAUUUCUAACCCGGGAAAACGAACGACUUCGGAUCAAUGAAGCUGCGGCCAGCGAGAGCAUCAAGGCACUGAAGCGGUUGCUUUCCGUAGCCUCGAUAAAGGAGUUAAAAUCCGACGGAAAGGGUCAGAACGGGAGAGUCAAGUCUGCAAAAUCGAAGACCGAGGAAGGAGAAGAUAGGAAAAAACACGGCAGAACCGGCAGAGCCUUCAGUUUCGACCUAAGUGAGCUGAAUAUCCCGAACGGGUACGAAGAUGUGAAUGAGGAGGUUUUAGAUGAGGAUCCGAUAAAAGCCGAGGCACUCAAGGGAUCGAUAUUCGAUACGGUGGAUUCGCCAAAGUCGGAGCCUCAAACGCCUCUUCACAGAAGGGUGCCUUCUUCGUUGACAGACGAUGGGAAGUCGAUAAAUUCGGAGGAUACGGACUAUCUAGAAUGUUCGUCUUCCUGCGAAGACGAGAGGAAUCCGCAGAGGAAAAGUAGGCAGUUGUUGCGGAGAUUCGGCGAUCUUGUGAAGAGGAAGAGUUCACUAAGAAAGGAACCAUCCAUUGAGCAAUGAAAAAUAAGUACCCUUUUUGUUCUGUUACUUGCAACUUCUUUAUUCAUGUAGUUUUGUGACUUAUGGAACCUGGUGCAUCUGAAUGAAAGCACCUUUUACUUAGAUCGAUUGAGUAGACAUGUCAUUUUUUAAGAAAUACAGAAUUUACUGAAAACACUGAUGAAUUAUAUUGAAGGCAAACAAAUUUGGAAGA